GGGCGCAGGCAUGGCGUCCCGGGUGCUGCUGCUGCUUCGGCAGGGCGUGUGGGCCGCGCUCACCGGGGGCUGGUACCACGACCCGGACCAGAGCAAGUUCACUAACAGCUGCCACCUCUACCUGUGGCUGUUCUUGCUGCUGCUGCCCCUGGCCCUGCACCUGGCUUUUCCUCCAAAUGCCAUCACUGUAUUUUUUUACUGCAGCUCAGUGACGAUAUUCUUCACAAUAAUCAAAUUGAUCAGUUAUCGCCUACACCUCAUGUUUGAUAAAGGAGAAGUGAUUCAGCAAAGGCCCUCCAGAAAGAAGGAAAAGCCAAGUAAAGACAAAGAGGCCCUCAGUGACCACAUAACCAAUCAUAAAAAUACAGGCAAUAAUGGGCGGAUUAACAACGGCAAAAAGGAAGAGGCCAGUCGAACCCUCUCCACGCCUCCCGUCCACGGCAGCUCCAGAGGACAGAGCAUAAACUCUCAUCAUUCAUCUGGGCUCCUGGAGCUGCCAGAACAGGAAACAGUGGAAGAUCUCAAAGGUGUCAUUGUGUCAGAUGACCAACCCGUAGCACCAGUGUCAUCUACAGCACCUGGGAUGAAAAUGGAAAGCUUACCUACUUCUAAAGGGCACAUGCCGGAAACCAUGACCACGUCAGCAAUACCAGUGAAACCAGUCGUGGCAGAAACUUGCAUCAGUGAUAAAGGGAAGGAAAAAGGGGACCAGGGGCAGCCCCCCUUCUGCCACAGAUCUGAGGGUGGCUUGGUGGACAAAGAAGCUGUGAAGAAGGUGCCCUACCUGUCUUUGUCUCAAUACGACUUACUGGAGACAGAUGUUUCUUUCCAGCCUUGGGGGAGUGAGAAUUCCGUCCCGAUUCCAGAACCUGGGAAUUUUGCCUCCAUCAGGGAACGGUUGCAAAGCAAGUCGCCUCAGGACGGCCUGAGCAGUAGCUGCCCUCAGUGUAACACCGUCAUCGCCAAACCUGGGCGGGAGCAGGUUUCCCAGCAGGUGGACCCACCCUUGAACCAGGAGGUGGAUGACUCAGAUAAUGAGGUCGCUGUCACUCUUAUAGAUACUUCUCAACCUGGAGACCUGCUGAGUCUGCACGAGCCCAUUAAGAUUGUCAUCACCAUGAGCAGUACCCCCAACUCCAUGACAGACUUGGAAAGUUCUCUUCACCUGAAGGUGGUUGGUACUGAGGCAACCGGAUUCACGUGUGAUGCCGCGCCAGUUCCCCCAGGGGCCGCUGGUCCUGAGAAACAGAUGAGAAUUCCCAUCAUCACCCUUGAGCUGUCUGAGGGUGGAGGAGGCAUGGUGUGUCCCGAAGGCAAUGGAAGUGACAGGACGCCGGAGAGAUUGAUGAUGGAGGCGUCUUCCAAUCCAUGUUCUGGCUAUGAAUCUGGGGACGGGGGCGAUGCCACACAGGACCACAGUCCUUCCCCAGGAGACCCCUGUACAACCCCAUCACCCACGCCUGAUGUGGUCUCCAAGUCUGAGGGGGGCAUGGAAGUCCAGGCUAACCUUGACCCAUCAUCUUGUAGAACCAGCCAGGAAAAGAGACACUCCCAAGUCCUCAGUGUAGACAGCGGGACAGACGUCUUCUUGAGCAAAAGUUCCGCAGAAGUUAUUAACGAUAAAGAACAAACAAUGCCAACUUCCAAAUCUGACCUGGAGGCCAAGGAAGGACAAAUACCAAAUGAAUCCAACUUCCUGGAAUUUGUCUCCCUGUUAGAAUCAAUGAAUACUUCCAAGGUGGUGGUAUCCAACCAAAAGAAUGAGCCGGCAGAGCAGAGCAAAGACAGCGGGCUUCCUGGAGAUAACCGUUCCCAGGAGAAAAAGGAGGAAAUCCUAGAGAGUGAGAAACCCAGCGGACCCAACGCCAAGCAAGGAAAACCGGACGUGCAAAGUCAAGAGCACACCAGCACCAGCCCCGGGCUCACUGAGCCUGCCAAGAUCCCGACCCUUUUCCAGGGCAAUAGACAAAGGCAGAUAAUCUACAGGGUAACUUCCCAGCAAGAUAGUUCUGUGCUGCAAGUCAUCAGUGGACCUGAAACAUCUGUGCAAGACGAGAUGUCUGUGGAUGCGAUGCAUGUCUUUAUUGACGAACAUGGGGAAAUUAAAUCCUGUUACUUAAAGUCUGGAAAUCAGAAAGAAGGCCCUUUCCAGCAUCAGCCAUCAAAUUAUGACGGCUUCUCUCACGCUGGAGACAUACAGAGCAGCUCGUCCAGUACCACAACUUCCGAGAGUCAAGAUCCUUCUUCAGGGGACCCUGUGGUCAGUGCCUUGCAACAACAGCUGUUGCUGAUGGUGGCUCGGAGGACCCAGUCAGAAACCCCACGGCAUCUGAGUCAGGAUCUAGAAGACUCUUCCUGUUCUUCCACACAAGGAAAAUUUAACCGAGAGCAGUUUUACAAGUUUAUCAUCUUCCCUGGCAAGUGGAUUAAGGUCUGGUAUGAUCGCCUUACCUUGUUGGCGUUACUUGAUCGAACUGAAGAUGUCAAGGAAAACGUGUUGGCAGUUUUACUGAUUGUCCUGGUUUCCCUGCUCGGAUUUCUGACACUGAACCGAGGCUUUUGCAAAGACAUGUGGGUGCUUCUCUUCUGCCUCGUCAUGGCCAGCUGCCAGUACUCCCUGUUAAAGAGCGUUCAGCCUGACCCCGCCUCGCCAAUCCACGGACACAACCAAAUCAUAACAUAUAGCAGACCAAUCUAUUUUUGUGUGCUUUGUGGCCUUAUCUUGCUGCUUGAUACUGGGGCCAAAGCCAGGUACCCUCCCACUUACAUUGUGUAUGGCCUGAAGCUCUUCUCUCCAGGGUCUCUCCAGUCGGCUAGGGACUUCUUAAUAGUAUUUCUAUAUUGCUUCCCUGCAAUCUCCCUCCUUGGGCUCUUCCCGCAGAUCAACACUUUCUGCAUCUAUCUUUUGGAGCAAAUUGACAUGCUGUUUUUUGGAGGUUCUGCUGUUUCGGGGAUGCUGUCGGCCGUUUACAGCGUGGCCCGGAGUGCUUCCGCCGCAGCUGUGCUGCACGUGUUCUGCUUCAGCGCCGUGAAGGAACCCUGGAGCACGCAGCACAUCCCAGCACUGUUCUCUGCCUUCUGUGGCCUCUUGGUUGCGCUUUCCUACCAUCUGAGCAGACAGAGCAGCGACCCCUCUGUGCUCCUAAGAGCAAACUAUACCCUUGUUUUCUGUUUACAGAAGGAUAUCUUAAAAUCGGAUCUCAUCACCUGCUCGGUGGCUGCCAUUCUGUCCUUUGCCGUCAGUGCCAGCACUGUGUUCCUGUCCUUGCGACCGUUUCUCAGCAUCGUGCUGUUUGUCCUGGCCGGCGCUGUGGGGUUUGUAACCCACUACCUGCUCCCACAGCUCCGCAAGCAUCACCCGUGGAUGUGGAUUUCACACCCCAUCCUUAAAAACAAAGAGUAUCAGCAACAGGAAGUGAGAGAUGUCGCCCAUUUAAUGUGGUUUGAAAGACUCUAUGUUUGGCUUCAGUGUUUUGAAAAAUACAUCUUGUACCCAGCAAUCAUUUUGAAUGCCCUUACUACGGAUGCAUUUUCAAUAAGCAAUUACCGGAGACUUGGUACCCACUGGGACAUUUUCCUGAUGGUCAUAGCGGGCAUGAAGCUGCUGCGGACCUCCUUCUGUAACCCAGUCCACCAGUUUACUCACUUGGGCUUCACCGUCAUCUUUUUCCAUUUCGACUACAAAGACAUUUCAGAGAGUUUCUUACUGGAUUUCUUCAUGGUGUCCAUUUUAUUCAGCAAGCUCGGGGACCUGCUUCACAAGCUACAGUUCGUCAUGACCUACAUGGCUCCCUGGCAGAUGGCUUGGGGUUCCUCAUUUCACGUGUUUGCUCAGCUCUUUGCAAUUCCUCAUUCUGCCAUGCUUUUCUUUCAGGCGUUUGCCACGUCGAUCUUUUCUACUCCACUGAGCCCGUUUCUCGGGAGUGUCAUUUUUAUCACAUCGUAUGUCAGGCCAGUGAAAUUCUGGGAGAAAAACUACAAUACAAGACGCAUGGAUAAUUCCAACACAAGACUGGUGGUCCAAAUUGAAAAGGAUCCAGGGAGCGAUGGCAACAACCUCAAUUCCAUCUUUUACGAACACUUGACAAGGGCCCUCCAGGAGUCCCUCUGUGGAGACCUCGUCCUUGGCCGAUGGGGUAACUACAGCUCUGGAGAUUGCUUUAUAUUGGCUUCAGACUACCUCAAUGCUUUCGUUCACCUGAUUGAAAUUGGCAACGGUCUUGUCACCUUUCAACUUCGGGGACUAGAAUUCCGAGGAACCUACUGCCAGCAGAGGGAGGUGGAAGCCAUCACAGAGGGCGAUGAGGAUGACAGGGGUUGCUGCUGCUGCAAACCAGGUCACCUGCUCCACCUGUUGUCCUGCAAUGCCGCCUUUAACCUCCGCUGGCUCACCUGGGAGAUCACGCGAGCGCAGUACAUCCUGGAGGGCUACAGCAUCAUGGACAACAACGCGGCCACCAUGCUGCAGGUUUUUGACCUCCGAAGGGUCCUCAUCCGAUACUACAUCAAGAGUAUAAUAUACUAUAUGGUGACAUCCCCCAAACUGUUUUCCUGGAUCAAAAACGAAUCCCUUCUCAAGUCCCUGCAGCCCUUUGCCAAGUGGCAUUACAUUGAGCGUGACCUUGCAAUGUUCAACAUGAACAUCGAUGACGACUAUGUCCCGUGUCUCCAGGGGAUCACUCGAGCCAGCUACUGCAACGUGUAUCUGGAGUGGAUUCAGUACUGUGCACGGAAGAGGCAAGAGCCCUCGAAGCACCUGGACAGUGACGAGGACUCUCCUCUGGUGACUUUGUCGUUCGCGCUCUGCAUCCUGGGCAGGAGAGCUCUGGGGACUGCGGCUCACAACAUGGCCAUCAGCCUGGAUUCUUUCCUGUACGGCCUCCACACCCUCUUCAAAGGUGACUUCAGAAUAACAGCCCAGGAUGAGUGGGUGUUUGCAGACAUCGACCUCCUGCACAAAGUUGUUGCCCCAGCUCUCAGGAUGUCCCUGAAGCUGCACCAGGACCAGUUCACUUGCCCUGACGAGUACGAAGACCCUGUGGUCCUCUACGAGGCCAUACAGUCCUUUGAGAAGAAAGUGGUCAUCUGCCAUGAGGGCGACCCGGCCUGGAGGGGCGCCGUGCUGGCCAACAAGGAGGAGCUGCUGACCCUGCGGCAUGUGGUAGACGAGGGCACAGAUGAGUACAAGGUCAUCAUGCUGCACAGAAGCUUCCUGAGCUUCAAGGUGAUCAAGGUGAACAGAGAGUGUGUCCGUGGCCUUUGGGCGGGGCAGCAGCAAGAGCUCAUCUUCCUCCGCAACUGCAAUCCGGAGCGCGGCAGCAUCCAGAACCACAAGCAGGUCCUCCGGAACCUGAUCAGUUCCUCCUGCGACCAGCCCCUGGGCUACCCCAUGUAUGUCUCCCCGCUCACCACCUCCUACCUAGGGACCCACAGGCAGCUGAAGAACGUCUGGAGCGGACCCGUCACCUUGGACAGCGUCAGGGCGUGGUUCCGAGCCAAGUGGUUAAGGGUGCGGAAGGACUGCGAUGCCGCAGGCCAGCCCAGCGCUGGCAACAGCCAGGAUGCCGAUGGCGGGGGCGCCCCGCCCGUAGGCGGCAGCAGCGCCCCCAGUGGUGAGAGUCGGGAGAGCAGCUCGGAACAGCCCAGAAAGGAUGGGAGCCGCCACCGGUCACCCCCUGAAGGGACAAGGAUGACAGGCAGGAGAAAAGGCAGGACUCAGUCUGUCCAGGCCCCCAGGGUCUUAAGCCAAACGCCGCCCAUCCUGCGCUCGUCCGGCCCCAUCGUGGACAGCCACCCGGCCUUCCUGCAGACGUCCACGUCGGUCCACGAGCUGGCCCGACGGCUCUCGGGCAGCCGGCUGUCCCCGUGCACCUCGGCGGCAUCCCUGCGCUCCCAGCCCCCGCCCGCCCCCGCUGCCGGCCACCUGAGCGUCCGCGAGCGGGCCGAGGCCCUCAUCAGGUCCAGCCUGGGCUCGUCCACCAGCUCCACCCUCAGCUUCCUCUUUGGCAAGAGGAGCUUCUCGAGCGUCCUGGUCAUUUCCGGGCUGUCUGCCGCCGAGGGGGGUAACACCAGCGACACCCAGUCCUCCAGCAGUGUCAACAUCACCCUGGGCCCCUCGGCCAGGACCACCAGCCAGCCCGCACGGCACUUUUCCGAGCCGUGCGAACCCACGGAGGCCACUGAGCAGGGGCUGCUUCGAGAUCGCCACGUGGCCGAGAACCUGCGGGUGAUGUGCAGAAGGGCAAGCCAGGAGGACAUGGGCCUGGACGACACGGCCUCCCAGCAGAGCGCUUCCGAUGAGCAGUAGCUGAGCUCGGGCCGGAGAAGCCACGCCGUUGGGGAGGGACGCAAGCCCCCCCCCCAGCUUCUCCCCUGCGCUCCCCAAACUAAACAGCACAAAGAAUGAGAGCCGGGAGAUCCAUCCUGUGGAAGAUGAGUGCUGUGUACAAAACAGAAUAACUUGAUCUCAGGUUCUUGAAAAAUAUCUCACGUGAUGAACACAAACCUUGACACCAGGCCUCCCUCCUGCUCUGGCACUCGCGGCCCCAGAGAGGCGGGACGCGGGAAGCACCCCUCCCAGAACUGGAAAAUUCAAAUAAAAGCCAUGUUAACAUCUUAAGACAACUCAAAUAGAGCACAUAAAUAAUUCCUUCCGGUCCUGAUGAAAAUAAGACAGCUGCAUGCUAAACGACUGGCAUUUUGUAUGUCACUGUUACUGUGGAAAAGAGGCGGACAGCAGUGCGUAUCUCACCAUGAGCUGGUCCAACGCGCUGAUGUCCAGUCUACAUAUAAACAUCUCACUUCCUUAUAAUAUUUAUGCAGUAAGUAUAAACCAGUGACAGCUUUACUGCAAAAAAUGGGAUAGUGCAUGCAGUCACGUCCAAAGCAUCCUGUGAAAGGAGCCAACCAUCCCCAGCAACGUGAGUGCAGAAGUCUAGUUGAGGCAGGUCACGGAGGGCCGCCUAGGAAUGAUGCCAACUGCAGUCACAGCAACGUCCUGCAAGAAGCCAGGCCCCGUCUCGCCCAGCGCUCCUGUGUGCUUCCCAGGAAUGCACGCCUGUUUCCAAGCCAAGCAAUCCUUACCGCGUCACAGGACAUUUGCACAUACCUUUGUUUUUGGAAUUAAAAUGUUUGUUUACAGUUA